AUGUCGACCGCCCCUGCAUACAGUGAAGACAAGGGCGGCUCCGCUGGCCCUGGGGAGCCGGAGUACGGCCACGACCCGGCGAGCGGCGGCAUCUUCUCCUCCGACUACAGGCGGCAUGAUGAUCUGAAAGAGAUGUUGGACACCAACAAGGAUUCCCUCAAGCUAGAGGCCAUGAAGAGGAUUGUGGCGAUGAUUGCCCGUGGGAAGAAUGCCUCAGACCUGUUUCCUGCUGUGGUGAAGAACGUGGCCUGUAAGAAUAUAGAGGUGAAGAAGCUUGUCUAUGUGUACCUGGUGCGCUACGCUGAGGAACAGCAAGACCUGGCUCUGCUGUCCAUCUCCACCUUCCAACGUGGCCUAAAGGAUCCCAACCAACUGAUUCGUGCCAGUGCCCUCCGCGUCCUUUCUAGCAUCCGUGUGCCCAUUAUAGUGCCCAUCAUGAUGCUAGCCAUCAAAGAAGCUGCCUCAGACAUGUCACCCUAUGUGCGGAAAACUGCUGCCCAUGCCAUCCCUAAACUCUACAGUUUGGACUCUGACCAGAAGGACCAACUAAUAGAAGUCAUUGAGAAGCUUCUGGCUGACAAGACCACGCUGGUGGCAGGCAGCGUGGUGAUGGCUUUCGAGGAGGUAUGUCCAGAGCGCAUUGACCUGAUUCACAAAAACUACCGGAAACUCUGUAAUUUGCUCAUUGACGUGGAGGAAUGGGGCCAGGUAGUCAUCAUCAGCAUGCUCACCCGCUAUGCCCGCACACAGUUCCUGAGUCCCACCCAGAACGAAUCCCUGCUAGAGGAGAACCCUGAGAAAGCCUUCUAUGGCUCGGAGGAAGACGAGGCCAAGGGCACUGGGUCUGAGGAGGCGACUGCCACUCCACUACCUGCUCGAAAGCCCUAUGUCAUGGAUCCUGAUCACCGGCUUCUGCUACGCAACACCAAGCCACUGCUGCAGAGCCGCAGUGCUGCGGUGGUGAUGGCGGUGGCACAGCUCUACUUCCACCUGGCACCCAAGGCAGAGGUGGGCGUCAUCGCCAAGGCACUAGUGCGCCUGUUGCGAAGCCACAGCGAGGUGCAGUACGUAGUACUCCAGAAUGUGGCCACCAUGUCCAUCAAGCGCCGGGGUAUGUUUGAGCCUUACCUGAAGAGCUUCUACAUCAGGUCCACUGAUCCCACCCAGAUUAAGAUCCUAAAGCUAGAAGUGUUGACUAACCUGGCCAAUGAAACCAACAUUCCUACCGUCCUACGGGAAUUUCAGACUUACAUUCGCAGCAUGGACAAAGACUUUGUGGCAGCCACCAUCCAGGCCAUUGGGCGCUGUGCAACUAACAUAGGCCGAGUUCGUGACACCUGCCUCAAUGGUCUAGUGCAGCUUCUAUCCAACCGUGAUGAGCUUGUGGUCGCAGAGUCAGUGGUGGUCAUUAAAAAGCUGCUUCAGAUGCAGCCAGCACAGCAUGGAGAGAUCAUCAAACACCUGGCAAAGCUCACAGACAACAUCCAGGUGCCCAUGGCACGAGCCAGCAUACUGUGGCUCAUCGGAGAGUACUGUGAGCAUGUCCCCAGGAUGGCACCUGAUGUUCUGAGAAAAAUGGCCAAGUCAUUCACAGCAGAGGAGGACAUUGUUAAGCUACAAGUCAUCAACCUGGCAGCCAAGCUUUACCUGACCAACUCUAAGCAGACCAAGCUGCUGACCCAAUAUGUGCUGAGUCUGGCCAAAUAUGACCAGAACUACGACAUCCGAGACCGAGCACGCUUCACCCGGCAGCUCAUCGUCCCUUCAGAGCAGGGUGGGGCCCUCAGCCGCCAUGCCAAGAAGCUCUUCCUGGCACCCAAGCCAGCCCCAGUCUUGGAGUCAUCCUUCAAAGACCGGGACCACUUCCAACUGGGCUCACUAUCCCACCUGCUCAAUGCCAAGGCCACAGGAUACCAAGAGCUUCCAGACUGGCCAGAGGAAGCCCCCGACCCGUCUGUGCGCAAUGUGGAGGUACCUGAAUGGACCAAGUGCUCAAACCGGGAGAAAAGGAAGGAGAAGGAAAAGCCCUUCUACUCAGACUCUGAGGGGGAAUCUGGCCCCACAGAGUCUGCAGACAGUGAGCCUGAAUCUGAGAGUGAAUCGGACAGUAAGAGCAGCAGUGAGAGUGGCUCUGGGGAGUCUAGCAGUGAGUCUGACAAUGAAGACCAGGAUGAGGAUGAGGACAAAGGGAGAGGCAGUGAGAGUGAACAGAGUGAGGAGGAAGGUGAGAAGAAGAAGAGAAAGAAGAGGAAGAAGUUGCCAGAGGGACAUGGAGAAGACUCCUCCUCAGAUGAGGGCAGUGAUUCCAGCAGUAGCUCCUCAGAGUCCGAGGUGACUUCAGAGUCUGAGGAGGAGCAAGAUGAACCUGCCUCCUGGAAGAGGAAAACACCUCCCAGCAGCAAAAGUGCCCCAGCAGCCAAGGAGAUCUCCUUGCUUGAUCUAGAAGACUUCACCCCUCCCAGCAUCCAGCCUGUGUCUCCUCCCACGGUUGUGUCCACUAGUCUGGCUGCUGACCUGGAGGGCCUGACACUCACAGACUCCUCUCUGGUACCUUCGCUGCUGAGUCCAGUGCCGGGUGUUGGCAGACAGGAGCUGCUGCACAGAGUAGCUGGCGAGGGGCUGGCUGUGGACUAUGCCUUCAGCCGCCAACCUUUCUCUGGGGAUCCCCACAUGGUGUCUGUGCACAUCUACUUCUCCAACAGCUCUGAGACUCCCAUCAAGGGCCUACAUGUGGGCACCCCCAAACUGCCUGCUGGCAUCAGCAUCCAAGAAUUUCCAGAAAUUGAGUCGCUGGCACCUGGAGAAUCUGCCACUGCUAUAAUGGGCAUUAAUUUCUGUGACUCAACCCAGGCAGCCAACUUCCAGCUGUGCACCCAAACCCGACAGUUCUACGUCUCCAUUCAGCCACCUGUUGGGGAGCUGAUGGCCCCUGUAUUCAUGAGUGAGAAUGAAUUCAAGAAGGAGCAGGGCCAUGAUGACCAAAAACCUGCAGAUCCAGCAUCUAGAAGACCACUGUCAUCCUCACAGAGAGCAAGUCACUACUAAAGGAAUCCAGAAGCUAGUUGUAGUGAGUAGGAGGGAGACCAAGGCCUUGAGGUAAUGAAGUCCUUUUUGGAAGAGUUUGGUCAUGAAUAAGGAAGAAGACAAGAAAUUGGCAUGAUGAAGGUAUUCUCUUCCAGAAUAGUUUUUUAGAAAUGGAGAGACUUGAACAUGGACAGACUGAGGUACCAUGGCAAGAUAUUAAUAGCUAAGAAUGGAAGGGGUGGAAGAAACAGGAGGGGCAUGUCAGUUGUCUGAAGGAGAAGGAUAAUGGGAUAGGGGAGAAACUGAAGAGCAGGCCUGUGGUGUGCAGGAAGGCAGAGAAAGGUGUUCAUAGUUGACCAAGAGCUUGUGAGUGAAGAGAGAGGUCACCCUGUAGAGUAAGAGGUUCUGGGGAUGCUGUAAGGGUCUGGGGGUUUCAGGAACUGCUUUGGUAGAGGUUCAAUUAAGGCACAAUCUAUGAGGCUUAUAUAUGACUCCUGGACUCUGGUCAGGAGCCUAGCAACCACUGUCAUCUCUUUGUGAGGGCUUAACUUCCAGGAGCUGGAAGAAGUUGACUGGAUUGGAGAGUCACAUCGGAAAGACCAAAAAGCGUGGGAUCCAUGGUGGGAGAAACUUCUAGAACUGUCUGGCCACCAGGUUUAGUGGCCACUCCCAAGGGACUUGAAGCCCAGAUGUCUGACAGCAGGAGGCACCAACAGUCUUUAGUCAGCACCAUAGAUAAAGCCCUGAGUGGAGGCAGGAAGGCUAGGCCAGACACCAAGGGCCCAAAGUCAAAGAGGGAGAUGCUGAACUUCCCUUAGCAUGAGCCCCACCCAGCCUAGAAGAACUGAAUAAGAAUAAUCAGCAAACAGGUGCGAGUGCCAGCAUCAGUGCCCACUACAACUUCUGUCAUUAUCAUGACCUCUAC